UCCUUCAAAUCCCUCAUUUCUCUGCAUUUGAAGAUUCUCCCAACCCUGUAGUUCUUUGCAUCUCUUUUCCGGCGUCGGAAAUUGGAAGCCGACGAGGAAGGUCGGAGAAGUUAACGAUGCCAGAGUUUGAUGAAGAAGAGGAGAAGAGUUUCACUGAUCUUGGAUUAGCUCCGCCGGUUUGUUCUCGCCGCACCACGACAGAGGAGGAUGGUUCGCUGGAUUCGCCUUCUUCGGCUUACAGUCCUGUAUCAGUUCAAUCGCCGACGCUUUCGCUGUCGAGUCCACAAUGUUUGAGGCAGGCGGUGCAGUCGGACUUACCUUCGUCCAACUCACGACCGUCAUGGCUAAUGGUACAGCCACCAGUACUACCAGUAGCGUCACCGCAGGCGCUGUAUUCCCGAGGGUUUAGCACUAUGCACUCGCCAGAAUCAUCUGCUAAUAAUCUGGAAUCGUCACAGUUACGUCUUCCACCACCGCAGUCUCUGCUGUCAGAGAUGUCAAAUCCACUACGACAGUCCUUUUUGGCGUCAUCGCCCCCGUAUUUAUCAGAAUCACCGAAGUAUGGGCAACAAGAACUACCGCCGUAUGUGCCAUCAUCACCACCACCGCAUCUUCCAGAAUCACCAGAGCUACAACUACGAUCACCACAGUCACCACCUUCACCACCGUCAGAGCCAUCAAAUCCACAGCAACUGCAGUAUAUUCCGUCACCACCAAAGUAUAGACCGCAGAUGCUGGCGAAUCAACAACGAUCGCCAUAUAUGCCGCCAUUGCCUCCAUUUUGUCCAGAAUCAACGCGAUUCCGACCACGGCUGCCUCAGCAUAUCCAGCCGUCAUCGUCAACUUCACCUCCCUAUUGUCCAGAAUCACCACGAUAUCCAGCACUGCUGACGACACCACCAACGCGCACACUAUAUUCCCAAACACCAGUACUGCCAGGCCCACUCCAGCUCUCAGCUUCGCAUCCUCUGAACAACAAUGCUUUUGCGGAGCGCGUGACGGUCGACGCCCAAGAAAUCGCUUCUGCGAAUGGCCCGUCCGCUCCUUCGCGUGGACGCCGAGCCAUUAACUCUAGUGGCGGGGAGGAGGUCAUCACAGUCCCCGCCCCAUUCCCAUGGGCCACUACGAGCCGAGCCGCAGUACACAGCCUGGAAUAUCUGAUAUCGAAGGAAAUAUUCACAAUCAGAGGGGAAGUUCAGUGCAAGAGGUGCGAUGAGAAGUAUGAGAUGGAGUACGACUUGCGAGAGAAGUUUCGAGAGGUUGGGUCGUUUAUAGUGAAGAAUAUGAGCGCGAUGCACGACAGGGCUCCUUCUUGUUGGAUGAAUCCGCCUCUGCUGAAAUGCGAGCGUUGCAAACAGACAAACAGCGUGAAGCCGGUGAUUCCAGAGGAGAAAGAUACAAUUAAUUGGCUGUUUUUGCUGCUGGGGCAAAUGCUGGGAUGUUGCACUCUGGAGCAGUUGAAGUAUUUUUGCAAGCACUCCAAGAACCAUCGAACAGGGGCUAAAGACCGCGUGCUGUAUCUCACCUACCUCGGUUUGUGUAAACAACUCGAUCCUAAUGGCCCUUUUGAUUACCGUUGAUGUUGGUUCCUUCAACAUUUCUCGACUUGGAUUCAUGAUUUCAUUUGUUUCUGGAGGGAUAUAUGGAUGAUUUCAGUUUGUCAGACAGGUGUUUGAGUUUAUUCCCAAGUGACAUGGAAUAUCUAAGAUUUGGUUUUUAAAGUGGGAUUUCAAUUUGGUUUGUUAUUUUAGUAGCGUUACUGUUGUUUACAAUGAAAAUUAGGCCCUUCAUUUACCAUUCUCCUUCUUGCUGAAAGAAUUGAUCUGUGUAGCAAUGUAUAUGUGAUGUCUCCAUUGCAAUAAUCCUCAAUGAAGGGUAGACCAUAUCCCAAGAAGAAAUUUGGCUAUGCUUUAUUAUUUCCUUUUGUGUUCAUCUGGUUGUCAUUGGCCAAGAGGCCUUUUUAAAUCUCAUUGAUGGGCAAUAAAUGAAGGGUAUUAAU